AUGCAUCGGCCGGAUCGCCUUGUUGUCCGUGGCCCCGUCACUUCUGCCAGCCGCCCACGUCGGCGGGGGGGCGCAUCGGGGCGUCCGUCGACUGGCGGACCGUCGCAGCGGGAGGAGCAACAACAGCUGCUGCUGCUGCCGCAGAAGGAGCUGGAGGACUCGCAAUACGCCCUGUCAAGUAACUUCACGGCGUCGUCGCCGAUGAUUUCUUUAUGCCAGUUUAAAGACGAUGCGACGGCGGCAGGCUAUGGACACAGCGGCAACGCAGGCCCUGGCGGUCUGCAGACCUCUUCCUCGCUGCUGCCGCAGCUGCAGCAGCCUGUUGUGCCAGCGGCUGGGCACGCGCUGUCCGUGCUAGAGGGACCGCUUCCAGCGGAGGUGCGUGAGAUUAUCUAUAGUCAAUGCAGCGGGGAACGCGCAGAGCUGGCGGAGCGACACGCCAGGCGGCUGUUGAGCACAAAUCGCCGCGUGCGCGUGUACCGUGAGGAGCUGCAGAGCGCUGUGGAGGAGGUGGGUGAUGUGGCACAGCUGCUGCAGCAGCAUCAGAGGGUGCAGGAUGCGUUGCGAGCGGAGUUGACGGACUUGGACGCUCAACUGGAGCGACUGCUGCGUGAACGGCAGCUCUGUGAGCUGCAACUGAGUCAAGAGGAAGAGGCGCGACAGCGGAAGGAUGUGAAGCUUCGCGAUGCGAAGGAGCGGGUGAACGUGCUCCGCUCCACCAUUGACACUAUCACGAAGGAGUCUUUGUCUGGCUACGUCUUGCUGCGCCAGUUAGUGCCGAAUCUGAACGUGGAGAACUACGUCGCUUAG